GCGCGUUUCUCCUAUCUGGACUGUGGAGCGGUUCCGAAAUGGCGGUGCAGCCGAAGGAGACGCUGCAGCUGGAGGGCCCGGCCGAGGUCGGCUUCGUGCGCUUCUUCGAGGGCAUGCCAGAGAAACCGACUACCACGGUGCGCUUAUUCGACCGGGGCGACUUCUACACGGCGCACGGCGAGGACGCGCUGCUGGCCGCCCGCGAGGUGUUCAAGACCCAAGGCGUGAUCAAGUACAUGGGGCCGGCAGGAGCAAAGACUCUGCAGAGUGUUGUUGCUCAGUUAAAAUGACUUUGAGUUCUUUUUGUAAAAGAUCUUCUUCUGUUCGUCAGGUAUAGAGUUGAAGUGUUUAAGGAAUUAGAGCUGAAAUAAGGCACCAAGGAGAACGAUUGGUAUUGGCAUUUUAAGGCUUCUCCUGGCAAUCUUUCUCAGUUUGAAGACAUCCUAUUUGGUAACAAUGAUAUGUCAGCCUCCAUUGGUGUUGUGGGUGUUAAAAUGUCCACAGUUGACGGUCAAAGACAGGUUGGAGUUGGGUAUGUUGAUUCCAUACAGAGGAAGCUGGGACUGUGUGAGUUCCCUGAUAAUGAUCAGUUCUCCAAUCUUGAGGCUCUUCUGAUUCAGAUUGGACCAAAGGAGUGUGUUCUACCAGGAGGAGAGACUGCUGGUGACAUGGGAAAACUGAGGCAGGUUAUUCAGAGAGGAGGAAUUCUGAUCACAGAAAGGAAAAAAGCUGAAUUUUCUACAAAAGACAUUUAUCAGGACCUCAAUCGGUUGUUGAAAGGCAAAAAGGGAGAACAGAUGAAUAGCUCUGCUUUGCCAGAAAUGGAGAAUCAGGUUGCAGUUUCAUCAUUGUCUGCAGUAAUCAAGUUUUUAGAACUCUUAUCAGAUGAUUCAAAUUUUGGACAGUUUGACUUGACUACUUUUGACUUCAGCCAGUACAUGAAGUUGGAUAUUGCAGCGGUUAGAGCACUUAACCUUUUCCAGGGCUCUGUCGAAGAUACCACUGGCUCUCAGUCUCUGGCUGCAUUGUUAAAUAAAUGCAAAACCCCUCAAGGUCAGAGACUAGUCAACCAAUGGAUUAAGCAGCCUCUCAUGGAUAAGAACAGAAUAGAAGGAGGUAAAUUAAAUUUGGUGGAAGCUUUUGUAGAAGAUGCAGAGUUGAGGCAGAGUUUACAAGAAGAUUUACUUCGGCGAUUCCCAGAUCUUAACCGACUUGCCAAGAAAUUUCAAAGACAAGCAGCAAACUUGCAAGAUUGUUACCGACUCUACCAGGGCAUAAAUCAACUCCCUAAUGUUAUACAGGCUCUGGAAAAAUACGAAGGAAGACACCAGGCAUUGUUGCUCGCAGUUUUUGUUGUUCCUCUUGUUGAUCUUCGUUCUGAUUUCUCUAAGUUUCAGGAAAUGAUAGAAACAACAUUAGAUAUGGAUCAGGUGGAAAACCAUGAAUUCCUUGUCAAACCUUCAUUUGAUCCCAAUCUGAGUGAAUUAAGGGAAGUAAUGGAUAACUUGGAAAAGAAGAUGCAGGCUACAUUAUCACGUGCAGCUCGAGAGCUUGGAUUGGACCCUGGCAAACAGAUUAAAUUGGAUUCCAGUGCACAGUUUGGAUAUUACUUUCGAGUAACCUGCAAGGAAGAAAAAGUCCUUCGUAACAAUAAAAACUUCAGUACAGUAGAUAUCCAGAAGAAUGGUGUUAAAUUUACCAACAGUGAGUUGUCUUCUUUCAAUGAAGAAUAUGCUAAAAAUAAAGCCGAAUAUGAGGAGGCCCAGGAUGCCAUUGUUAAAGAAAUUGUCAAUAUUUCUUCAGGCUAUGUAGAACCAAUGCAGACACUCAAUGAUGUGUUGGCUCAGCUAGAUGCUGUUGUCAGCUUUGCUUAUGUGUCAAAUGGAGCACCUGUACCGUAUGUACGACCAGUCAUUUUAGAGAAAGGACAAGGAAGAAUUAUAUUGAAAGCGUCCAGACAUGCUUGUGUUGAAGUUCAAGAUGAUGUUGCAUUUAUUCCUAAUGAUGUGCACUUUGAAAAAGAUAAACAGAUGUUCCACAUCAUUACUGGCCCCAAUAUGGGAGGUAAAUCAACUUAUAUUCGCCAGACUGGAGUGAUAGUACUCAUGGCCCAAAUUGGGUGUUUUGUGCCAUGUGAGUCAGCAGAAGUGUCCAUUGUAGAUUGCAUCUUGGCACGGGUCGGGGCUGGUGACAGUCAGUUGAAAGGAAUCUCCACAUUCAUGGCUGAAAUGCUGGAAACUGCUUCCAUCCUCAGGUCUGCAACCAAAGAUUCUUUAAUAAUCAUAGAUGAAUUGGGAAGAGGAACCUCUACUUAUGAUGGAUUUGGGUUAGCCUGGGCUAUAUCAGACUAUAUCGCAACAAAGAUUGGCGCUUUUUGCAUGUUUGCCACCCAUUUCCAUGAACUUACUGCACUGGCCAGUCAGAUUCCCAUCGUUAACAACCUACAUGUCACGGCACUAACCACUGAAGAGACCUUAACUAUGCUUUAUCAGGUGAAGAGAGGUGUCUGUGAUCAGAGUUUUGGAAUUCAUGUUGCAGAGCUUGCAAAUUUCCCCAAGCACGUAAUAGAGUGCGCCAAGCAAAAAGCUCUGGAGCUCGAGGAGUUUCAGAAUAUCGGAGCCUCACAAGGGCGCAGUGAAAUGGAACCAGCGGCAAAGAGGUGCUAUCUGGAAAGAGAGCAAGGUGAAAAAAUUAUUCAGGAAUUUCUAGCCAAGGUGAAGCAAGUGCCCUUUACUGAAAUGUCGGAAGAAAACAUCGCAAAAAAGUUAAAACAGUUGAAAGCUGAGGUGAUGGCAAAGAAUAAUAGUUUUAUAAAUGAACUUAUUUCACGAAUAAAGGUUACUACGUGAGAAAACCCCACCAGUGGAAUGAAGAUAAUAUGGAUAAGCUACUGUCUGCGAUACUUUUACAUUUUGCAUUAACCCUUUUCCAUAGUGUUGACUAUCAGUGCCCAGGUAUCAGUUUAAUAAAAUAUUUAGUACUGCUUUAUCUGAGUACAUUUCCAAAGAUUUGUGUUUUGAAAAUUGAGUGCUGUAAUUGAGGACUAUUUAAAUGAAUGUGGGCAAUAGUUAACCACAGGCUGAAUUUUA